ACAUCAUCCAGGUGGACGGGAUCGAUUGGUCGAGUCUGCGCAGGUAGUUCAGGCACGAAGUUGAGGCCACAUCUGUUUGGGAGUAAACAAGACCUUUUCUUCAACCCGCCCGGGGACUUCUGUUUGGUUUCCUCUGGGAAUACCACACCUGUGGAUGACUGUGUUUGUUUACUUUAUUCAACUUUAAACGAUGAGUUAAAGCCGUUAAUAGGAAGUUGGUCAACACUGUUUGAACGUUUCCUGACUCAUCUUAUCGGCGUCGAGGCUCACUUGGACACGUACCGACCGCUCCUCUCGGAUAGGUUUCAUUUUUGACGGCGUUGGGCUCCCAACAUCAUUAUGUGCCGCUUUUCGUCAUAGGUGCACCAUGUUGUUCCACCUGUUCAUACUCCUUCAGCUCCUGUCGCCUGGAGAUCUGGUCUGUGUGAGGAGGCUACUGUCCACAGACGAGGAGGGGUCGCAAGACCAGGAAGUGUUUGUAGACGAGGGGGACGCACAUUCGUUCCUGGGUCGCCAUCUGCUGUUCAACCGGUUCGACUUUGAGAUCUUCGUCCCCGGGAAUCUCGAGAGGGAGUGUUAUGAAGAAGUGUGCAACUAUGAGGAGGCGAGGGAGGUUUUUGAGAACAUCCCGGCCACAGACGACUUUUGGAAGAAAUACACUGAGGAUAAUGACAAGCGCGGCCGGGUUGAUGUGACUUCUCUUUUGGUGGGACUGAUCGCUGCUGGAGUGUCCAUCGUCAUUGUCGGACUCCUGGUCUGGUACUUCUGCCAAGGCAAAUGCAAGAACAACCUCAGCCGUCCAAACUCCAUGCGGGCGCGACCAAGGAGGAGUAAUGCUACAUUAAUAAUGCGACGGCUCGAGGAGGUGGCCUUACAUCCCAUGCCCAUUCCCCCUAUGGAGGAAGUUGACCCCCCAGGCCUGCCGUCCUACGAGCAGGCAAUCGCUAGAAGCGGACAGCACGACCUCCCACCUCCUCCCUAUCCAGGCUCACAACAUGGAAGUAAUCGGCGGUAGUAUCGUCAGGAAGACGUACCAGCAUGUCUGCGACACUCGGCAGAUAGUCGACAGCUAACAUUUACUCUGUGCUGCUCUGAUUUAUAUUGUGUACCAAUUUCUCAAUUAUCACAAGAUUUAAAGCGGUGCGCUGUGCUUAUUACUCUGAUUAAGCUACCUCUUUGCCAUUUCUAAUCUUUCUUGUCCCUCUGUGUACCAUAUCCUCAGAUGUAAAGUUGUGUCAGUUUUCAUCUCCCUUUUCUAAAAGGAGCAAUUUGUAAAAUAUGGCCAGAUUUAAAAAAGAAAUGAACAAACAUUCUUGGAAUGUGAAGAAACAACAGUGUUGACGUUAUGUCACAGAAGUCCAUGUACUAUUUUGUUGAGAUGUCUGCCGAAACUAUCAUGCUAACCAGUUAGCCACGGCCCGUCCUGUCUCCUGUCUUUAGCUGGGAGAUGCAAGAGCAGUGGGUUUUGCUACUUUGUGUAUACAAACUCACAAAAUGUCAAGAGAGGAGAUAUAUUUUUACACCCAUUUUUCUUACUAAGCAGAAAAUUGCAACCACACACUGUUUGAAAUCAAGGUUUGCUCUUCUCUUUUAAGACGAGCUUAAUGGCAUCGUAACAACAAACUCGACAAAUUGAAUAAAUCUCAUCAACAGUCUUGGUUUGUCUUUCCACAGUCACCUCUGAUUAGGCCAGAAUAAACCCUCAAUUCGCUGAGUAGGAAUGGGAAAAUAUUCCAGCUCUGACAGCAGCUAAUCGAAAGUACAGCAAAAAGUAUACCUAGCAGUAGUUAUGCUGCCCCCCUAGAGUGUUGGAGCUGCGUUUCUAAUUUCGGCCAUUUCUUACAAAUUACACCUUUUCACCUGCACUUUCCCAAAAUGUCUUGCAUUUGCCACUGUUCACUAUUUUCAGUGAUUAUGCUAAGUUAACCCCAACCUUAUACAGAAUAAGCUUUUUAAUACACUGUCCCCAGUUUGCUGCUUUUUGUCUAAAUGAAAAUGAAGAAUACAUAAUUUGUUGGACACGAGAGCUUUAAGCUACUGGAAUGUGUGAGCCCGUGAGGAACAGCUGAAUAGGACGGCUGAGAGCAGGUUUGGGAUUAUGUGUCAUUACACAUGAAGUAUUAAUCACAACUGAAGAGAGACAGCAGCUUCCUGUCUCUUACAGAAGGAAAAAUAGUAACAGCAAAAAUGAUUUUAUUGGUAUGAUGGUUGAUGAUAUUAAUAUACUGUAUUAAAGAAAAUGCUUUUAAGGAUAAGUAUUUUUAAUGCUCAGGUUGACCGGCUUGGUUUGAUAAGAAUCACUUUGUAGUUACAGCUGUCUAUCUUCAUCUUUCAUCUUUUUAUUUUUUAUGUGCAUUUUCUUGCUUCAUAAAGUUCGAGUGUGUGAGGAAAUUGUAUAGUUGACACACCAACAAAUCAAAAUUCUUUUAAUAUGAAGUAAUGUGAAGUCAUUUUUUACUUUCAGUAUCUAGAUUGUAUUUAAUUGUUAAUUGCAGGCAGACGCUCCUCAAAGGAUUGUUUAUAUAUAACGUGCACAGGACAUUUUCGCAUUUUUGCAAGAAAACUACAGCUGUGAAUAGCUAUUAAUAUGAAAGCUUAACAAAUGUCAACAUUUAUCAUUUGUAAAGGACGCAGCACAACAGUUUGUCCAUAUGCAGACUGUUGUCCCAAACACAGUCACUCCCUUAACUGAGCAUUAUACAUGGCUUAGGAUGCUGGUGACUCAUUCUCGAUAGGUGAUGCAGAAACACAAGAGUUAAAAAGUUAUUAUGUUUAAUAAUGACACCGGACAGGUCUUAUUCCGGCUGAUCUGAAGCAUAACUACUUGAAAUGAAAAUCUUUUAUAGAUGUUUUAAAUAAAGUGGAUAUUUUAAUUA